AUGAUACAGUUCUGGACCAAAAAGAAAAAGAGGAACAAAAAAGAAAUCUCUCCCUCGGGGAAUCGAACCCCGGUCUCCCGCGCUUAUCGACCAAGGAAGAUGCGAUGGUUGAGUUACUGCUCGACCACUUGGCUGGUUGAUGCCUACCAUCAGAGUGAUAAGCCUAACAUUGCUAAGUUAGCGCGAGAAUUUGGGGUUCCGUACGGUCGGCUACGCUGCCGUCUCCAUGGGCGCAAGCCUAAUUCCGCCGUUGAGCGAGCAUUAAAAUCCUGGAUAGCCUCUCUACAUAAUGCAUAUACCUCUCCUACCCCAGAGAUCGUGGAGCGUGCCGCCAAUCACCUCCUAAAAGAUCGGGUGGUUAGCGAAAGCUGGGUAUACCGCUUUAUAAAAACACUACCCCCAGAGAUGAACUAUACCAACCUAAAACCUACCGAAAAAUCGAGAGAUAAUAGCGAGAAUUUCGGAGCUUUAUUCCUUUGGUUUAAUAACCUUUCUACGGUUAUGAAGAAGCAUCAAUUCCUACCAAACGAGAUCUUUAAUUGGGAUGAAACCGGCUUCCAAAUCGGCCAAGGCAAGCGCCAAAAGGUUAUUACAUCUAGUACUAGAUGUAGUAAUCCUACCGGUGGCCAAGUAGAAUCGAUUACCGGUAUUGAAUGUAUCGCUGCCGAUGGUUGGGGUAGUCUACAUAUGGUAGAGUGGUAUGAGAAUAUUCAAACCCCCGAUUUUCGAAUCAAGCCUACCCCCAAUGGUUGGAUUGACGAUGAAACUGCACUUCAAUAG